CCAGGUGAUGACACACAAACGCACCACUGUUGCCCUCCCGCGAAACAUGAAGCCUUCAUAUUUGGAGUGAGCGUGGGGGGGUCCUCGCCCGCGAUGGCGCCGCGAUUCGCCUUCUGCCUUUUGGUGGUCUUCUCCUCCGCGUGGAUCUCCCUAACUUCCACGCUGGACGCCGGGACUAAGCCGGACGCGAAGCCCGCUCCCCGGGGCCAGGUGGCGCACAUCGGCGCGCCCCCCCGGGACCCCCGCGCGCCGCAGGAUUUGGCGCAUUUUGGCGCGCUCCCGGCGGGGAGCUUUGGCGGAUUAACGAGCGAGCGCGAGGCGGGAGAAAGUUGGCCCGAGUGGGAAGGUCACGCAAAAGUUUCCCGCCAAAACCAGGCGGGUCGGACCGAGGCGGAGACGGUUCGGACGCGGAGAGACGCGGAGACUUGGUCGGAUUUGGAGGCUUCCGAGCAGGAGGAGGUCCAGCUGGCCAGCUCCACGUUCGCCCUGGCCGGCGACACGGCGCACAACCAGGCCAUGGUGCACUGGUCCGGCCACAACAGCAGCGUGAUCCUCAUGCUGACCAAGUACUACGACUUCAGCGCGGGCAGAGUGACGGAAAGUUCUCUGUGGAGAUCCACCGAUUACGGGAGCACCUACGACAAACUCAACCAGAAAGUGGGGCCCAAAACCAUCCUGAGCUACUUGUACGUGAGUCCCAACAACAAGCGCAAGAUCAUGCUGCUGACCGACCCGGAGGUGGAGAGCAGCCUGCUCAUUAGCCUUGACGAGGGCGCGUCCUAUCAGAAGCACAGCUUAGCCUUUGAUGUCCUCAGUCUUCUCUUUCACCCCGAGCAGGAGGACUGGAUCCUGGCUUACAGCCACGACCAAAAGCUUUACGUCUCCGUGGAGUUUGGGAGGAGGUGGCAGCUGGUGCACGACGGAGUUGUCCCCAACAGAUUCUACUGGUCCAGACUGGGUUUGGACAAAGAACAAGGAACGAUCCACCUGGAGAUCAGCAUCUCUGACGGACGGUCGCAGUACAUCACUUGCAAACUCCAGAACUGCUCCGAGGGAAACCAGGGCAAGCCUUUCCCGGGGUUUAUCAUCCCCAACUCCCUGGUGGUUCAAGAUGAAUACGUUUUCAUCCAGGUGCCCGUAGGAGGCCAGCCUGUCCACUACGUGUCCUACAGGAGACACUCCUUCUAUCCUGUCAAGCUUCCCAAGUACACCCUGCCAAAGGACUUGCAGAUCAUCAGCACCGACGAUAACCAGGUGGUGGCCGCCAUCCAAGACUGGCACCAGAACGACUCGUACAACCUCUACAUGUCCGAGUCCCGGGGUCUGUUCUUCACGCUGAUGCUGGAGAACGUGGUGAGCAGCGGAGGACCUGAAGGCAACAUCAUGAUCGACCUCUACGAGGUUGCCGGCAUUAAAGGCGUGUUCCUGUCAAAUAAAGUUGUCGAGAACCAAGUGAAAACUUACAUUACGUACAACAAAGGCAGAGACUGGCGGCUUCUGCGGGCCCCGGCGACGGAUCUCCAGGGGAAGAGCGUGGAUUGCGAGCAACCGUACUGCUCCUUGCACCUGCACCUGCACGUGUCUGAGAAUCCCUACACCUCCGGAAACAUCGUCAGCAAAGACACGGCGCCGGGUGUUAUCAUCGCAUCAGGUGUGGUCGGACCUGAGCUGAGCACCACGAAUGUCAGCAUCUUCAUCACUUUUGACGCCGGCAACACGUGGAAAGAGGCUUUCCAGGAAGAGUACAGCGUGUUUUACCUGAACCAAGGAGGUUCUCUGGUGGCCAUCCGACACACGCCUCUGCCCAUCAGACACAUUUGGCUGAGUUUUGACGAGGGCAGAAACUGGGACAAGUUCAGCUUCACCUCCUCGCCGCUCUACGUGGACGGCGUGCUGGGCGAGCCCGGAGAGGACACCCUCGUCAUGACGAUCUUUGGUCACUUCAGUCACCGUUCCGAGUGGCAACUGGUCAAAAUAGACUUCCGCUCGGUUUUCCAACGCCGCUGCACUUCUCGCGAUUACGUGACGUGGCAGCUGCACGACGAGGGGGAGGCGUGCAUCAUGGGGAUGAAGAGGAUCUUCCACAAACUGCGAGUGAACGGCAGAUGUGUGAAGGCCAGAGAUCAGUACGUCCCUCAGGUGUCGGACUCCUGCCCGUGCACGGAGGCGGAUUUCGAGUGCGAUUAUGGAUUCGAGAGGCAAGUCGACGGGAGCUGCAGUCCGGCGUUCUGGUUCGUUCCGUCGGCCACGUCCAGAGAUUGCAUCAGCGGGGACAGCUUCCUGAAUUCCACAGGAUAUCGCAAGGCUUUGUCUAACAACUGCACCGAGGGCACUCUGUUGAAGUACAGCCCCAGGCGGCAGAAGUGUCCCAGUCAGGUUCCCAGAGGCCUCCAGCUUUUCACCAGCGAGGGAACCCUGGUGGCCACUCUGCACAAGAACGUCACCUUCUUGGUCUUCCUGGAAGAGGGUCUCAGCUCUACGACCAGUAUCACUAUGGACUUUGGAGACGGGACCGCUAUAUCCUACGUGAACAUCAGCUCCAUAGAAGACGGGGUCAAGCAUGUGUACAGCAAAGUGGGCAUCUACCAAGUGUCUGCAACAGCCAGCAACGUUCUGGGCUUCGACCGGGUGACGCUCUACCUCCACGUCACGUGUCAACUGGAGCAGGUGCAGCUCUCGGCACCGUCCGUGGUGGUCAAGAACAAGGCGGUGAACUUCACCACGACUCUGCGGCCCAACAACGUGGGAACAGUCACGUACUACUGGUGGUUUGACAACAAAACCGAGCCGGCCACCAGUCUGGACGGCAGGAUGUCCUUCACCUUCUCCCAGGAGGGAAGUCACGUGGUCACGGUUCAGGCUUCAGUCGGGAACACGGUGCAUCAGGACCAGAUGACUCUGUCCGUUUAUGAUUAUUUCAAGUCGCAAAUCGUGGCCUUCUCCUCGAACCUGGACGAGGCCAACCCCGGCCUGCCCGAGUGGCGCGAGGACAUCGGCCGUGUGGUGAAGCGCUCCGUCAUCCAGGUCACAGGGAUCAGCGAGGACCAGCUGCUGGUCUCGGUGCUCCCUGGUCUGCCCACCACUGCUGAGAUCUUCAUCGUGCCCGAGAGGAGAACCAGAGUGGGGAGCGUGGAGGGGAGAAGGACGCAUGCGGAGCAGCUCUCCCAGGUGCUGCUGAGUGCUCUCAACCAGGACCUGGUGCAGUUCACGCUCAAGGCGGGCGUGCGGGUGAACGUCUACGCCAGCAGGCUGUCGCCAGCUCCUCUGGUGGACAUCAGCGAUGGCAGCCACAGCAGCACCGCCAUCAUCAUGCUGGUGUCCGGCGCUCUGAUGGGCCUGGCCGUCUUCGCCAUAUACAAGUUCAAGAGGAAGAACACCUACACCACGGAGCAGCCGGACAAAGAACAGGAGGUGCUUCCCUCCGUCACCUCCAUCGCCGACACCAAGCCUGAGGGGGACAAGCUGGACGGCGUGGACCUGCAGCAGCCGGAUCCUCGGACCAAAGGCUACCUGCCGGCGGACGCCAAGCUCCCCGAUGAAGCGCCCCAUGUGUUUUAAUGCGGAGCGUCUCGCGGGCCACGUGGCAGCGAUACAUCUUCCCUGGCAGUUAUGCAGGCACGGUCACAAUGAAUGCUCUCCGGUGUUUUUUGCUACCCAUGCAUGGAUGGAGCGCCUAAUCCCUCCGAGGAGCCUGUACAGAUUUAUACUCGCCCCUCUCUCUCUCCCCAAAUGGGACUCCUUUUUUUGAGAUAUUUUUUUGCAAGGACCUUUAUGUAAAUAGUGUACAGAAGAAGAACUGGCGAUGGAGGAAACGAGCGGAUUUGUGGAUAUAUCUCCUCGUGCUUUUUUGUUGUUGUUGUUGUUGUUUUCUUCCGAGCAGCUUAUCUAAAGACAGUGCGAGGGAGCAGAUUGUUAUCGAAUGAAGGCUGGCAAUAUCCAGGAGAGGAAAGACGGCCGUCAAGGCUUCAGAUUGUCCUGAGAGUCAUAACGGAGAUUAAAAGUGUCUCGGCGCCGAGAUGAGAUGUUGUCUCGUCCAACUAAACAUGAUGAAAGACGCGUUCGCGUCGCACGAUUGGAUCGUUUACGUCGGUGAAACAUUGUGUUUCCUCAACUGGUGGCCAAGGGCGUCGAUAUAUAUAUAUAUAUUAACACUGACUUUAAUGAAGAAAAGAAGAAAAAAUGUCCAAAAAAACGCCCACCGAAACAGACAGGGAAUGUGGAAUAACAUAACGUCAACAUGGACGCACACAACAUUGUGGAGCAACCACCUAUCACAGUUAAAAUGUAUGCCAAGGGAAACUGAAUAGAUACAACUAUGUUGGAGCAAUGUCGGAAAAAUGAAAACUUUCCGGAAGACAAACAUGGAUGCAUACAACGUUGUGGAGCAACCACUUGUCAAAGUGUACUGGUGGAUUAAAAUGUAUGCCAAGGGAAACUGAAUAGAUAGGACUAUCAUGGAGCAAUGUUAAACAUAAUGAAACGUCAUGUUACUCUCCGGAACACAAACAUAGAUGCAUACAACAUUGUGGACCGACCACCUUUCAAAGUCUGCUUGUGUAUUAAAAUAGAUGCCAUGGGAAACUGAUUACAUAGGACUACCAUGUAGCAAUGUUAAACAAAAUGAAAAAUCAUGUUACUUGCCAGGACACAAACGUAGAUGCAUACAACAUUGUGGAGUGACCACCUGUCAAGGUUUACCGGUGGAUUAAAAUGUAUGUCAA